AUGGAACAGAGAAGACCAACAAGCGGGUCUCAGCAAGGGAGGCCCAGGAAAAAGGUGCAUAACCCGUAUUUGGGGACAGACUACAGCAUGCAGAUAAGUCCUGGAUACCGUAUGAGAAGGACAAAGAGAGAAUGGAAACCCUUGGAGGAUCGAAGUUGCACGGAUUUGCCGUGGUUCCUUUUAUUUACUGUUUUCUGUGUCGGAAUGGGGAGUAUCUUUGGGUUCACCAUUGCCACAGGGGGCGCAGCCCGCCUGGUCUUCGGAUAUGACAGCUACGGGAACACCUGCGGCCAGCGCAAUGAGCAGAUUGAAGGGGUCCGACUGAGUGGACUGGAUCAGACGGAUAAAAAAUACGUGUUCUUCCUGGACCCGUGUAACAUUGACAUAGUGCAGAGGAAGAUCAAGUCCAUGGCCCUGUGUGUGUCUGUGUGUCCUGAUGAAGAGCUGAAGACAUACCAGGACCUCAAGCGGUUUGCCGUGCACAACGGGUCGGAGCUGUGCUCCUACGAGCUAGCCGGCCACAAAUAUCCCAGCCUUCCAGAGAGGUUUGACAAAUGUCCCAAACUUCCAGUUCCACCAAGCAAAUCUCUCCCGGUGUUUAACCGCUGCACGCCGGUGGACAUUUCCUGCUAUGCCAAGUUUGCUGAGGCUGUGGUGACGUUUGUGAGUGACAACAGCGUGCUGCACAGACUGAUCGCUGGUGUGAUGGCCAGCAAGGUGAUCAUCGUGGGCCUCUGCCUGCUGGCACUAGUGCUCUCCAUGAUCCUGAUGGUGAUCAUCCGCUACAUCUCUGCUGUGCUGGUCUGGAUCUUCACUGCCACGGUAGUCCUGGGCUCUCUGGCGGGCACAAGCAUCCUGUGGUGGAUGUACAUAGACUACCGGUUAACUGUCAACAAGACCCUAUUGAAAGAGACAGAAGAUGCUAAGGAGGAAGCUGAGAUGUCCAGGGACAAUGCCCAGGUGCUGCUGGUGUAUGCCAUCGCUGCCACCGUAUUCACAGUGAUCCUUCUCCUGCUGAUGCUGUUCAUGAGGAAGCGAGUGGCGCUAACCAUCGCCCUGUUCCACGUGGCCGGCAAGGUGUUCAUCCACCUGCCGCUGCUCACCCUGCAGCCCUUCUGCACCUUCCUGGCCCUGCUCCUCUUCUGGUUCUACUGGAGUCUGGUGCUGCUCUUCCUCGGGACCACCGGGAAUCCGGUCCAGAACGAGGAGACUGGUCUGACAGAGUUCCGGCUGACUGGGCCUCUGCAGUACAUGACGUGGUACCACGCUGUGGGCCUCAUCUGGAUCAGUGAGUUCAUCCUGGCCUGCCAGCAGAUGACUGUAGCUGGGGCUGUGGUCACGUACUACUUCACAAGGGACAAGAACAAGCUGCCGGUGACGCCCAUCCUGUCGUCAUCGUUGAGGCUGAUGAGGUACCACCUGGGCACUGUGGCCAAGGGCUCCUUCAUUAUCACCCUGGUCAAGAUCCCACGCCUCUUCCUCAUGUACGUCCACAACCAGCUCAAGGGCAAGGAAAAUGCAUGUGCUCGCUGCAUGUUGAAGACCUGUAUCUGCUGCCUAUGGUGUUUGGAGAAGUGCCUCAACUAUUUGAAUCAGAAUGCGUACGCGGCGACAGCCAUCAACAGUACCAGUUUCUGUACGUCGGCGCGCGACGCCUUUGUGAUCCUGGUGGAGAACGCUCUAAGGGUUGCGGCCAUCAACGCUGUUGGAGACUUUGUCCUUUUCCUUGGCAAGAUCCUGAUCGUGACGUCCACAGCGUUCGCCGGUGUACUGCUGCUUAACUACCAGCGGGACUACGCAGAGUGGGUCCUCCCCCUCAUCAUCGUCUGCCUCUUUGCCUUCCUGGUGGCCCACUGCUUCCUGUCCAUGUUCGAGAUUGUGGUGGACGUUCUCUUCCUCUGCUUCGCCAUCGACACCAAAUACAAUGAUGGCACACCGGGCAGAGAGUUCUACAUGGACAAAGCCCUGAUGGAGUUUGUGGAAAACAGCAGGAAGCUGGAGCGGGUGGCGGAGCGAGGGCGGAGCCGGCCCACUGAGGUGGUGUCGGUGGAGGGGGCGGAGAUGAAGCCCAUGGUGAGUGAGAGCGGAGGGGACAGCGACUUGGGCGGAGAAACUGAGGCGGUGGGCUGGGGCUUGGAUGGAGGCGGGGGAGAGUGGGAGGAGCUGCAGGAGUUCCAUGUGUAUUACCUCCUAGCAGGGGUGCUGGUGGACUGGGCCCUGGGGGAGCAAAGUACCGUGGUCCCCUUGAUCCUCUGCCUGACUGAGGACAUGGUCCUCUUCUUCUUCGUCUACCUGCCCACCUCCACACUCUUCCUCUUCGCCACGCUGCUCCAGAAACCCUCCCCCGCUGUCGUGCCUCAGCCACAACCGAAGCCAACUAAACCGUCUUCUCAUGCUAGCUAACGCAUGCUAUCUAAUGCACAACCACGGCAUCCCCCUCACCCUCAUCUCUACUAACUAUUCAAUCCCUUUCAGUUUUUUUCUCACCUGUCAUCUCCUGGCUAUCUUGAACCUGAAGUGUACAUUUUGUUUGUUUUUUGCUGCCUUUUCAUCUCCAUGGUGCUUUUUGGUAGAGAAGGACAUGUCUGGUAGUGCAGAUAAUCAGCUGUCAGCUUAGAAAGAUGGGGGGGAAAGAACACAAAGGAACCGUAUGAAAUAAACAGUCUGCCCCCUCAAAGUAAACAGCAGUGAGCAACAACGAGGACAGUUUUUAUUCUGCAAUGCUAAAAGGGACCCAUGGGGAGAUAGAUGUAUGACUCAUAUUUCCCGUCUAAUGUACCGUGCUACUGGAUUUCCUGCCGGAAUUAUUUAGACAGCUGUUAGGAGCUACUGAAGUUGCCAACUCUGUUUACUUGUAGAUUUGGCCUUUCCUUAUCUCCUAGAUACACUCAGCUAGCAUUAUGGGUAAAAUUAAUAUUGUAAUUUGGUAGUUAUAGAGGUAGUAUCUCCCCCAAUAGUUUAAAGUAAUAAGCUAUGUGUAUUUGUCAUAAUGCACAAUCAGUGUUGAUAACAGCAGAAAUUCAGCUUUUACACAAGGAUACACAGGUGUUUCCCUCAGCCCUCCUCUGAAUGUCCAGCCUUCAGGGUACAAGAUGGACCCCCUUACCCCCUCACCAUUCCACUGCAUGGUGUCCAGUUUCUGUAACUUGUCCAUUUAAAAAAAAUAUUUUGGAAAUGGAUCUAACCCUUUUUUUCACCCAUUCCAUAUUUUUUUAAAGACUGCAUGCGAUACUGUGAAUGGAGUAAUAACACUUGAAUAACUUUGCUUUCCAGGCUCCAGGAACAAGUUCAGCUUGACCAAAAUCAACUAAUGGAACUUUUUAAAAAGACAUUCCAAAAUGUUUAUUUUUACCAAUGUGUAACAUGUUUACUAUGGUUUCACUCCAGGGAAUACAAUAUUUUAAUAAGAAACUGUAAAAAAAAAAAAAAAAAAAAAAACACUAUGUAAUGAAGCACUUUAUAUUGAAGCCCUGCAUAUUUUAAAA